AUGUUCUCAUUCUACACAUUUGUCUUUGUUAUUUGCACAACUUUCGUAUCUCAUUCGUAUGCGAAUUCGAUUGUCUAUUCAAUUACCCUCCAACAGUAUACAACAAUUCAAAUUGGAUGGACAAGAGAUCAAGUAACACAACUCAUUGGUUCUCAAGGAAAUGUUAUUUCACAAUCUGGAUAUGAAAGUGGAAACUGGACAACGAUUCAAUAUACUGGAUCAAACUCAUCUUCAUCAGCAACAUUUGGUUUUCAAGGAGAAAUACUUUACAGUAAAUCUCAAAAUGGUUUAGACACAACGGUUUAUCAAAUAACUCAACAACAAUAUUCAACAAUUCAAAUUGGAUGGACUCGAGAUCAAGUAACACAACUCGUUGGUUCUCAAGGAGUUAUUACAUCACAAUCUGGAUAUGGAGGUUCCAACAUGACAACAAUUCAAUAUACUAGAUCACAAGCAUCUUCACCGUCAGCAACAUUUACUUUUCAAGGAUCGAUACUUUCCAGUAAAUCUCAAGAUGGAUUAGACACAACAGUUUGUCAAAUAACGCAACAACAAAAUGAUCAACUUGCAAUUGGAUUGACUCGAGAUGAAAUCACAAAUUUAGUUGGUAAUCCAGGAAUUAUUACUUCGGAAUCGGGAACUGGUAAUACAAGUAGUAUUAAUGUUCAAUAUCAAGUGGUUGGAAGUUCAUAUGGUAUUGUAUAUCUGAGAUUUUAUGGUGGAAAACUUAACAGUCAAUAUGGAUCUGGAUUUGCAUCAAUUGUCAAUAAUAAAAUCAGNAAUCAAGAAUUUAAUAUCAAUAGGAAUACCAAGAGAAUCCAAUCAAUGCCUUAA